AAGUUUACGUAGAAAGACGCCGGGAAGACGCCGAGGAAGACGUAGGCUCUCAGGUCACGUGACGCGGCGGGAGUGUCGUUAGCUCCUCCCUCCCCAAGAUGGCGUCUUUGCUGCAGUCGGAGAGAGUUCUCUACCUGGUUCAGGGAGAAAAAAAGGUUCGGGCCCCGCUCUCCCAGCUCUACUUCUGUCGCUAUUGUAGCGAGCUGCGGUCGCUGGAAUGUGUGUCUCACGAGGUGGACUCUCAUUAUUGUCCCAGUUGCUUAGAAAAUAUGCCAUCGGCUGAAGCCAAACUUAAAAAAAAUAGAUGUGCCAACUGCUUUGACUGUCCCGGCUGUAUGCACACCCUCUCCACUCGGGCAACAAGUAUCUCCACACAGCUUCCAGAUGACCCAGCCAAGACCACCAUGAAGAAAGCCUAUUACCUGGCCUGUGGAUUUUGUCGCUGGACAUCUAGAGAUGUGGGCAUGGCAGACAAAUCUGUUGCUAGUGGUGGUUGGCAGGAACCUGAAAAUCCUCACAACCAACGGAUGAACAAGUUGAUUGAAUAUUACCAGCAGCUUGCUCAGAAAGAGAAAGUUGAGCGAGAUCGCAAGAAACUGGCACGGCGUAGAAACUAUAUGCCUCUGGCUUUUUCGGACAAAUAUGGUCUUGGAACCAGGCUUCAGCGACCACGAGCUGGUACAUCUAUCAGUACCCUUGCCGGACUUUCCCUUAAAGAAGGUGAAGACCAGAAAGAGAUAAAGAUUGAGCCAGCUCAGGCUGUAGAUGAAGUAGAACCUCUACCUGAAGACUAUUAUACAAGACCAGUAAACCUAACAGAGGGUAAUUUCAUAUUAUUUUUAUAUAUUUUUUGUUCUGCUAAAUGUGAACAUAAUUUGAGCAAACCGGAAUUUAAUCCAACAUCUAUCAAAUUCAAAAUCCAGCUGGUUGCUGUCAAUUAUAUUCCAGAAGUGAGAAUCAUGUCAAUUCCCAACCUUCGCUACAUGAAGGAGAGCCAGGUCCUCCUGACUCUUACGAAUCCAGUGGAGAACCUCACCCAUGUGACUCUGUUGGAGUGUGAGGAAGGAGACCCUGAUAAUGUCAACAGCACUGCUAAGGUGGUGGUACCUCCCAAAGAGCUGGUUUUAGCUGGUAAGGAUGCAGCUGCAGAGUAUGAUGAGUUGGCAGAACCCCAAGACUUUCAGGAUGAUCCCGACAUUAUAGCCUUCAGAAAGGCCAACAAAGUGGGUAUUUUCAUCAAAGUUACCCCACAACAUGAGGAAGGCGAAGUGACCGUGUGCUUUAAGAUGAAGCAUGAUUUUAAAAACCUGGCAGCUCCCAUCCGCCCCAUUGAAGAAAGUGACCAGGGCACAGAAGUCAUCUGGCUCACCCAGCAUGUGGAACUCAGCCUGGGCCCACUUCUCCCUUGAAAGGUUUCACUGCCAGGCAGAUCCCAAAGGACAGUGUUACCAUAAACCUGUGUGAAAAUGUGGAAGCCACUUAGGCCUUGUUUAUAACAAUGUACCCAUGCACUACUGAAUCCUGUUCCUAGGAAAGUGGGAGGAGAGGCCAGACAUUAGGAACACAGGGUAAUUGCUGUGCUCCUCUUGUUGUCACCUCUGGUGACACUGGUAAGUCUGUGUCUCCCUCACUGAGCCCUGCACGUUGAAUAACAACAGUAUAGUUCCAUCCCAGGAAAGGGAAUGGCUGUUCCUUGGAGUGGCAUUAGAUUCAUCACCUGAGAAACUGACAAUACUACUCUUAAUCUGAUCUCUCAAAGGAUCACAGUCUCACAGAAGAAACUUAAAAAUAACCCAAAGGUGGAUCUGCUAUUAAUGAUCCAGCAUUGGUCUCAAUGUACCAACUGCUCUCUGCUAUUAAGUAUAAUCUAAGCAAUCUAAAACAUAUCCCUUCACUUGCCUCAUGACUUCCAUUUCGCCAUGUAUUUCCAUUUGACAGAAGUGUAGGAUUGUCAUAGUGUCUUUAGCUGUGUGAUUGGAAAAACCUGUGAAAUUCUUAAGGCGCUUUCAUUUGCUCUCUUCUGAGUGAAUAUGUAUAGGACAUUUAUUAGUUGCUCUUAAAUUCUUUCCCACUAGACUAUGGAACUUUUUCAUUUAAGAAGAAUUUGAGAAGCAGGCAAUUACAUGUCAUGCAAGGGGGUAGCAAAUUCCAUUCAUUUAACUAUUGCCACAAUAUCCAGGGAUUAUGCUGCCACGGGGGCAAUCUUUGUCUUACUUUCUACCCCUUCUCCUCUUCUCUGCCUCUUUAACUCAGUAAGUUGUCCUGAGUAUUUGGGACCUGGGAAGAGCCCAGAGAAAACCUAAGUGAAUGUAUUCGCUUCUGGAAUGCAGAAAAGAUUUUAAAAUGCUAGAUUUUUUUUUUAAUUUUUUUUUCUAAUGCUAGAUUUUUAGCAUGCUCUGAACUAACGUUCUUUCCACUGAUUUGAAGGGGAAGUUAACUGUUACAAUCUCUCGAAUCCGAAACUGGAUAUUAAAAGAACUUUUCCCCUGUCAUAUGGUGAGUCAGAUAAGACCAUUUUGAUUGUAAACCAUAGAAUAGGUCAGCAAGUAGCCCAGAAUGCUGGCCUACCAGCAGACAUGCUGUUUUCACAUGGUGUCUAGGAGUUGGGUUGCUAAUCACAAUUUCUGGGAUGUUUUCUAAAGUGACAAUUGACAAAGUAGACCACCAGCUAUACCAUGUUUCUGUAAAAAGUAUUGUUAGUGGCCAAGGGACUUUUGAAAAUAGAAAUUUCCUGUUUAUCCUGGUUUUGCUUUAAGUCUUUAUUCUACAAAAAAGAAAAAAUAAGGUAUUUUGUAAUCUAGAAUACAGACAGGACAUAGUCCUUGUCAGCUCCCUUGAAAGAUAAAAAUAUUUAGGAAGCUUUUGAAAAACACUAAAGUGUAUUGUAAAGGUCAAGCCAAUUUUAUGAAACAAUAUUCCCACAGAGUAAUAUAUAUGCUGCAGUGUAAGAAAAAAAAACACUCAUCAAACUAUGGUAAUUAACAAGGUUUAGCCUCUUAGGAGCUGGGGCAGGGGCUGAUUACAAGUUUGCACAUAAUAGAAAUAGUUUUUUAAGUUUCUGUGAUCCACCCCCCCGCCCAGAGUGUCAAAUUUUAUUUCACUACCUGCUAGAUAGAGCCUACUGUGAACCUGCUGUUCCAUAUUUUCCAGUGGAGGAAAUGAGCGUCAAAGUAGAGAAUAGCUUCGUAUGUUUACACGUGAGCGUAGGCUACACACAGUUGUAUGUCAUGCAUUUAUGGCAUGUAGCUGAUAUUUGUUCCCAAAAGUAAUAAUGUUGAAGUAAUGGGUCUUAUUGCUCUCACAUGACACAGAAACACAAAAACACUUUUGAUCAUAGAAAUUUUUUUUUCUUCAGAAGCCAAAUUAACUUGCAGAGUAACAGAGCUAUUAAACCAUUAAACAUUGGUUUAAUGUUUCCUCAAACAAGGUUUUAGUGCAAGCUGGGAGUCUGUGUAUUCAUAGAAAUGGUUCAACACCUGCAGCUGGUGAAUUGGGGACUAUAUUUGUUGCCUUUUUUAUAUUAAAUCAGGUGCAAGAAUUUUAAUGCUAGUCAGUGUGCACCACCGUAGAGAGUUAGAUGCUGUUAGCACUAGAAACUACAAUUUUGGAAACUUAAGGCUUAAGUUAAUUUGGAUUUGUGAUUUGAUUCACCCACUAAUGUUUUCUUUUUGUUUAAAGUGCUUAUAGGCAUAAUGAGCUAAAUGUCAAGUGUUAUUUGUGAAGAAAUAUCCUUUUUGGUCCAUUUUGGGAAUGGAAGGCACUCCUUGAUCUUUAUGAAUGACAGGUUACUGUUUUGCCUUAUUGCUUAACUUAAUGUAGUGAAAUAAAGCAGACAAAGCUUG